AUGGCCACAGCCCCGACUGAUGCCAAGGUGGCCCCAGCCGUAAUUGUUGGUGGUGGAAGGGUGGGAAGGGCCUUACAAGAAAUGGGUAGUGUUCAGGAUUUGCUGGUGAAGAGAGGAGAACCUGUGCCACUUGAUUUUGAGGGUCCCAUUUUGGUUUGUACAAGAAACGAUGAUCUUGAUGCUGUUCUUGAAGUUACACCCAAGUCUAGAUGGAGCGAUUUGGUUUUUUUCCAGAAUGGGAUGCUGGAGCCUUGGUUUCAAAGUAAAGGUCUUGGUGAUGCAGACCAAGUGCUGGCAUAUUUUGCUGUAUCAAAGCUCGGAGAACCUCCUACUGAUGGAAAGACUGAUACCAAUCCUGAAGGAUUGACUGCAGCAUAUGGGAAAUGGGCAUCUGCAGUAGCUGCUAGAUUGCAUGCUGGAGGGCUAUCCUGUAAGGUUCUUGACAAGGAAGGUUUUCAGAAGCAAAUGUUAGAGAAGCUGAUCUGGAUUUCGGCAUUCAUGCUUGUUGGAGCUCGUCAUCCAGGAGCAACUGUUGGUGUUGUGGAGAAAGAAUUCCGCUCUGAGGUGUCUAGCCUUAUUGCAGAACUUGCUUCUGCAGCAGCGGCAGAAAAAGGAAUAGCAUUUGAAGAAGCUAUUGAGGAAAGAUUAUGCGCUUAUGCACGCGCUGUUGCCCACUUCCCAACAGCUGUUAAGGAGUUUAAAUGGAGGAAUGGCUGGUUCUACUCUCUCUCGGAGAAGGCAGCUGCUGAAGGGAAACCUGAUCCUUGUCCCCUACACACAGCGUGGCUUAAAGAGCUAAAUGUCGUCUAG